AUGGAUCUGUUUCAUUUACCAGAGAGAAUCAUCGAGAAAACAUCAGUGAGAGACAAAGAGGAUGAGUCAGCCACCAUCACAGACAGGAAGAAAACCCCUACUGACUUCAGCGACGUCUACAGUAAAGAUCUGUUCCCGGCUCCAGGCGGUGAGGAGACGACCCGAGGAUUUCUUCAGGAGCUGGUGAACAUCCUGCUGGCUUACAUCUGCAGGUCCAACCAGAGGACCUCCAAGGUCCUGGACUUCCAUCAUCCUCACCAGCUGAUGGAGGGACUGGAAGGGUUCAGUCUAAACCUUCCUGACCAGCCGGAGACCUUGGAGCAGAUCUUAGUGGACUGCAGAGACACGCUAAAGUACGGCGUCAGCACAGGUCAUCCCCGGUUCUUCAACCAGCUGUCCUCUGGUCUGGAUGUGAUCGGUUUGGCAGGAGAGUGGUUGACAUCUACAGCCAACACAAACAUGUUUACCUAUGAAGUUUCUCCGGUUUUCAUCCUCAUGGAAGAGAUCCUGCUGAAGAAAAUGCAGAGUAUUGUGGGCUGGUCUGAGGAUGAGGGAGAUGGGCUCUUCUGUCCAGGGGGAACCAUCUCCAACCUUUACAGCAUCCUGGUAGCCCGCUAUCAUUUCUACCCUGAAGUAAAGAGAGGAGGGAUGGCGGGGAUCCCAAGGCUGGCCCUCUUCACCUCACAACAUAGCCACUACUCCGUAAAGAAAUCAGCAGCCGUGCUGGGGAUGGGCAGCGACAGCGUGUUCACAGUCAGAUGUGAUGAAAGAGGGAAGUUAAUCCCUGCUGAGCUGGAGUCCUCAAUUCAUACAGCUCAGAGAAAGGGAUUGGUUCCUUUCUAUGUCAACGCCACAGCGGGGACCACGGUGUACGGAGCCUUCGACCCUCUCCAUGACAUCGCAGACAUCUGCCAUCGACACUCUCUGUGGAUGCAUGUGGAUGCAGCAUGGGGCGGCGGCCUGCUGAUGUCAGAACGACACAGGAUGAAACUACAGGGUAUUGAGAGAGCCUCCUCUGUAACCUGGAAUCCUCAUAAGAUGAUGGGUGUCCCUCUUCAGUGCUCGGCCAUCCUGGUGAAGAAGAAAGCAAACGCCGAUGCCUACUGUAACGUUUGGCCAAUAGCAGGCUGCGAUUCAUACGGCAUGAGUGCUAUUGGCCAAUCAGAGAGCGCGUUACAUUGA